GAUCUUCACAGAAACCUUGAACGAACAUCGGCGGAUCACGAAUGCGAGUUCAAAUGCACAGAGAUUGAGUAUCUAGGUGUAAUCAUUGGACACAACUUGUUGAAGUGUAAAAAGGAUGUCUUGCUUGGUUCAGACAAAAGAGUGUUACUUAGCUAUGUGACCAUCAGUACAUAGCCCUAGAUCAAUGUGACAGACUGGGCUUUUU